GGGGUAACUGUAAGAAAGGCUUUCCAAAACCUUUUAGUAAAUUUACCAUUUUACACGCUAACAAACCAGCCGAAUAUAAGCGCCCGAGUCCGGAAGACGGCGGCGAAACGUUAGAAAUUAAACGGGGCAGAAUUACAGUUAAAUAUGAUAAUUCGCGUGUAGUAGCUUAUAACCCAUUUAUUCUUGUCAUGUUUCAAACUCACCAUAAUCUUGAAUUCUCUUAUGGACAGUCUGACAAUUUAAAAUAUGCCUUAAAAUAUCCAUUUAAAGGUAACAGUUUUUCCUAUGUCCGUAGUGCUGUAGAUGGUCUAAUCAAUGUUGAUGAACCUGCACAAUACGCAAAAAUGAUUUAUCGUAGUCCAACCGAGGCUUUUUCGCGAGUAAUGGGAUAUAAGUAUGCCUUUCUUUCACAUACUGUUAUAGGUUUGAAAAUUCAUUUGCCGGGUAAUCAAAAAUUAGUUUUUAAUUCUAAAACUGCUCCUGAGGUUCUUGCUAACGUUGAACAAGGCAUUCUUCCAGAUACACAUCUUACUGCUUACUGGAAUUUAUGGCGAAAGAAUAUAAAUAAUCCCCUUAUUAAAAACAUGCUCUUUGAAGUUUUGCCUGAAACAUAUGCAUUUGAUAGCAAAGAAAAAGUGUGGCAUAAAAGGAGAAUGGCUGAAAUUAGAAAAAUAACUAAACCAAUUAUCGGGAGAAUUUAUCCAGUCUCACCACGUGAACCAGAACUUUUUGCUUUGUAUAUUCUAACUAAACAUUUUCCCGGGGAUCCAGAAGAGCUAAAAACCUUUAAUGGACAUGUAUGCUCAACUUUUGCCGAUGCUGCACGCUUAAGGGGGCUUUUUGAAGAUAAUGGUGUUUGGGAACGUACGUUAAGGGAGGCCUCUUUUUCAUUAAACCCCUCACAGAUGAGGCAAUUGUUCGCAAAUAUUCUUGUAUUUGGGGGAACAGAGCGGUGUGUUAUUGAUGGUUAUGUUUUGUGGGAAAUGUUUAAGGAUCAGAUGUAUGAUAGGAGGCGAUGUACCGAGGCUGAAAAACUUUUACGUAUUGAUAGAGCAUUAGCUAUCAUUGAGAGAUAUUUGUUAAGCAAUGGUCGUUCUAUGGAUGAUUUUGGUCUUCCUUCGCCUAAUAAUUCAAUCUUGAAUGACCCAGAUAGAGCAUUAGAUGACUUUUUCUUCCCGAACAACGUUAAUAGUGACGAUCCCGAUGAAACAUUAGAUACCUCUAAUUUAGAAAGGGCAAAUUUAAAUGCUGAACAAAAUGCUUUCUUUAAUAUGAUUCGUGAUGCGGUUUUUGACACUAAUUCUGUUAAUAAAUAUUUUUAUUUGUCGGGAGAUGGGGGUACAGGCAAAACAUUCUUAUUAAAUUAUGUUCUUUAUCAACUUAGGCAAUUAAAUUUAAAAGUUUUACCAACCGCCUCGACGGGUAUUGCUUCGACAAAGUUUUAUGCAGGUGGUAUGACAUUUCACUCUGCUUUUCGUUUCGGGAUUGAUGUAGAACCAGGCAAACUUCCUUUAGUAAAGUUUGACAGCUUUUUUGGGAGAAGAAUUAUAGAAUGUGAUGUCAUUAUUAUUGAUGAGAUAACCAUGUUAAAUAAGACUGUGUUUGAAAAUGUAGACCUUUUGUGUCGUAAUAUGGAGACUGGAAGCAGUCUUUACCUGUUGCUGAUUCUGCUUCCCCUGGUGCUUCUGUUGCUGCUUGCAUUCAAUCCUCACAUUUGUAUCCCCUUUUCCUCAAAUUUAGGCUUGUACAGAAUAUGAGAGUUAUUCCUUCUGAAAUUCAAU